GAGCCGUUUCCAACUCUCCAAACUGAGAGAGAUUUCCCACCACCUUCCCUUCCUACCUCUCAACUGAUACAAAUCAUGCCUCCCCCUCUCCCCUCCUCUCCUUGUAGUAUAUAAAUGAAAGUCCCCCAAACAAAGAGUAAGAGGAAGGUAAUACACGCAUGAAAGGUUGUUUCUCUGAGACUGGGGCUAAGGAAGACAUGGAGAAGAGCAUGCCGGAAGGAGAGCAUAACAGGGGCUCGAGGAAUGGAGCAGAGGUCCCAAUUCAUAGCCAAGUGAGGAGGAUCAAGAAGGAGGUUGAGAAGAUCGAAGACCAGUCACUGCUACAAAUGCUAGAGACCAGGCCCGUCCUUCGUGAACUCUCGAGGCAGCUCUCGCGGUCGCCCCUCGGCCGGGUCGACAGAGCCAUUUCGGUAGGGGAUCGAUGAAGGAGGAUGGGAUUGGGAAGUCCCAUACAGAAGGAUGGAUAUAUAUAUCGUAGAUGAUGACCUUUUUCUUUCUCCUCCUUCUUUUGCCUCUGUAUAUUUCCAGCUAGUUGUAGUGCUUUCCAUCACUGACUUGGCUGCAGGAGAAGGUAGGGAAUAGGAGAUAGUUGGCUCUCCAUGACUGGUCUUGAUUUGUGAUUGUAUUUAUGGUUUUCUUAGUGGUUAUGUAAAUAUAUUAUGAAAUCUUGUUGGGAUGAACUUUUCAUGUGAGCUUUUUGCUUGUUUAUUUCGCGAUCUCUAUUCGUUUCAUGAGUAGAUCUCCUACAGAAGGAAGAUUAGUAUAUGAAUUUCCAUAGGGAACUGCUUCUGGA